AUGGAUUAUAACGCAACGUCUUUCAUCCCAAACUAUAAUAACAGCAAUAACAGCUUUAACCACUAUAACUCUUACAACAACACAUUCCCAAAUAGCACCAACUCUCCAUAUCCAUAUUCAUAUCUAGAUCGUUUCUGCUGGGCUUAUGGUGGAAAUACGACACUGUUUUCCAUAAUAUUCAUCUCCAUCUGGGGUCUUUUAGCACUGCUGGCCAUCUACUGUCUCUACUCUCAGAUCCGAAGUGAGCGUGUGGUUCCAGUUUUCAUCAUCAACCUGCUCAUUUCAGACAUCAUUCAGAUUUUCUGUGUGAUUGUUCAACUGGCAAAUAUAAAUUACGGUUUCAUACAUAAUUUUGUCAUCUAUUAUGUCUACCACUGUGGUGUGAUGGGCAGUGUUUUCUUCAUGACCUUCAUUGGCAUGGAAAGGUAUCUGCUGAUUGCCUGGCCUUUUUGGUACAGAUUCCAGCGAAAAGUCAAAGUUUCUGCAUCAGUCAGUGUUGUGAGCUGGAUCCUUUCUGUUUUUAUUAGUUUAAAUAAUGGAAACUUGCAGGGAUCCCUCAUGGUUCUUCCCCUGCCCCUGUUAAUAUUCUUCCUUGUGCACAGUAUUAAAGCCCUGUCUGCAUCCCAUAAUGUCCCACCUGAUGAAAGACGACGAAUUAUAGCUGUUUUAACUUUGGUGUUGUUUGCUUACAUACUGACAUUCUUACCACAUAUUAUUUUAGAGUUUUUGAUGAUGGGAGUCAGGUGGUUGUGGUAUUUAGACUUUACCACAUUCAGAAACUUUGACAACGUGUCCUGCACUCUAAUGCAGAUAAAUCCUCUGACAGAUUUGCUUCUAUACAUYCUCAUGAAGAAGUGGCUCCUUGACAAACUGCUGGCCCUCCUGUGUUGCUGCAGAAAGACUAACAGUGGGAACCAGCAGACAAACGGCAUCACAGUAACAACAUGAUGCUGGUCGGCUUCUCAGGAGCAGAGAGAAGCAGAGAAUAAUUCCUGA